AUGUGGAUGAAAAUAUGGAUAUUAUUAGCUGUUAUUCAGUAUGUCUACAGCAGCGCUACCUUAAAGGUGAAAUUUAAACGAUUUAACAACUAUGAUGGCAAAGAUUCUGACGGUGUCUGCUGUGAUGGGGUAGCAAUCUUCUGUGAACCAUAUGGAGGCUGUGACCCAUAUUUCAAAAUCUGCAUAGGCUCAGCAAGCAAUACAAACCCCAAUUCUUGUCCCCAUGGCACAAUCACAACAGGGGCCUACAAUAACAUGCAGCAGACUAUUGCCUUCACUAGCAAAGUUGUAGACAAGACCAACCCCAUUCAGUUUACUUUUGCAAAAUGGCCAACUACAGUUGCUAUAGUUGUAGAUGUCACAGAUGAUGAUGACGGCGUUCCUGGCCACCAUGAUCAUAUCGUCAAAUUCUCCCAGGAUUACUCCCAGACACCCCACACCUACUCAGCGUCCCCAGUUAUCUCAUCAAUCAGUAUUUCAUCUGGGAGUAAAAGAAAACUUGACCUUGAUGUGUCAGUGCAGUGUGACCAACAUUACUAUGGGCCCACAUGUGAGGUAGAGUGUCGACCUAGUGAUAGGUACAGAUGUCACCAGAAUACAGGAGCAAAGAUCUGCAAUACAGGUUGGGGUGGUCCAGAUUGUUUACCUAUUAAUGAAUGUGAAAGCAACCCCUGUUUGAAUGGAGGACUCUGUGACGAUCGGGAGGGACAUUAUACAUGUGGCUGUGUACCUGGGUAUAUAGGACUCCACUGUGAAACAGAUAAGAAUGAGUGUGAGAGUAACCCAUGUCAGAAUGGAGGGACAUGCAAUGAUGAGCUUAACAGGUACAGAUGUGAAUGCGUCACUGGCUGGACUGGAGACAGUUGUGAGGAGAAUGUAGAUGAUUGCAGUUCAAACCCUUGUGGACACCAUGGUCAAUGUACAGAUGGCUUCAACAAUUUCACAUGUUCAUGUUCCCCUGGUGUGACAGGCCCUUUAUGCCAGACUGUGAUUGAUGUAUGCGAGAGUCAGCCAUGUUUGAACAAUGCUUCCUGCUCACAUUCUGAGGGAGUGUACUACUGUAGAUGUGCUGAUGGUUGGGAAGGAGUUACUUGUAAUGUAAAUAUAAAUGAAUGCACUGUUAAUGCAACCAACCUCUGUGAGAAUGGUGGAGUAUGCAAUGACACAGAGGGAAGCUUUUACUGCAACUGCAUGGAGGGUUUCACAGGUAUCCACUGUGAGGUGGAGACAGAUGAAUGUGCUAGCAACCCAUGUUUACAUAAUUCCACCUGUGAGGACAUGGUCAACCAAUAUACAUGUAACUGUUCUCAGGGUUACACAGGAUUACAUUGUGAGGAAGAUAUUGAUGACUGUGCCAGCUCACCAUGUGGACAAUAUGGCUAUUGUAUAGACAGUGUUGCCACCUAUACCUGCAAUUGUCAUUCAGGAUUCACAGGUUUGAACUGUGAGGUCAAUAUUGAUGAGUGUCUAAGUAAUCCUUGUCUCAACUCUGCCACAUGUGUAGAUGACAUCAAUAGUUUCAGCUGUAACUGCACACCUGGAUUCACUGGUAUUCACUGUGAGCAGGAGACGGAAGAAUGUGCCAGCAGCCCAUGCGUGCAUGGUGCUUGUAUAGAGGAGGUGGCUGCAUAUAGAUGUCAUUGUCACAAUGGAUAUAUGGGUGACCUGUGUGAUGUUGAAAUCAAUGAAUGUGAGUCAUCCCCAUGUAUCUAUGGGACAUGUCAGGAUCUGUUAUCCACCUACAAGUGCCACUGUCAAACUGGAUAUACAGGAGAGACAUGUGAAACUGACAUAAAUGAAUGCUCCAGUCAGCCUUGUCAGAAUAAUGCCACAUGCAAUGAUCUGAUUGGUCGAUACCAGUGUGAUUGUUCCCAUGGUUACACAGGUGAAAGAUGUGAAACUGAGAUUAAUGAGUGUGAAAGUAGUCCCUGUACAAGAGGUCAGUGUAGGGAUCUUAUUGGGGAGUUUGCCUGUGAUUGUCCACUUGGAUAUUCUGGUGUGACGUGCAAUAUUGACAUCUCAGAGUGCAAUAGUCAACCUUGUCUGAAUGCAGGACGAUGCCAGGAUGAGAUUGGAAAAUAUAGAUGUCUCUGCCAACCAGGAUAUUCUGGAGUCAACUGUCAGAUUGAUGUCGAUGAAUGCACCAGCGACCCGUGUCUCAAUGGAACAUGCAUUGAUCAUGUGAAUUACUACCAGUGUGCCUGCCAUGCUGGAUUCAUUGGUCUGAAUUGUGAAACAGAAAUUGAUGAGUGUCUCAGUAGACCAUGUCAACAUGGUGGCACGUGCAACAACCUAAUCAACCAAUACACAUGCAAUUGCCCCCUGGGAUACACAGGACUCCAUUGUGAGGAAAACAUUCAGGAGUGCACCAGUGACCCAUGUGUACAUGGUACCUGUCAGGAUCUAAUUGGUGGCUAUCAGUGUCUCUGUCCCCCAGGUUAUGAUGGCGUGGACUGCAGUCAGAACAUAAAGGAGUGUGACAGUAAUCCAUGUAUGCAAGGGGGAACCUGUUUGGACCUAGUGAAUGGAUACUAUUGCGACUGCCCCCCAGAUUAUACAGAUGUGAAUUGUGGGAUUCGGAUAGAUGACUGCUCUAGCGCCCCCUGUUUUCACUCAGGAACCUGUAUAGAUGGCAUACUGGCAUACUCCUGUGAAUGCUCCAGUGGAUAUGAAGGGGUGAACUGUGAGGUGGACAUUGAUGAUUGUGCAGGCCAGACCUGUAGGAAUGGAGGUACAUGUCAGGAUAGAUUGGAUGAUUACCAAUGUAGGUGUGCUCCAGGGUUUACAGGGAAAAAUUGUGAAAGUGAGAUGGAAGAAUGCAUCAGUUCGCCAUGUCAAAAUGAGGCUACUUGUCAUGAUGUCAUUAAUGGAUACAACUGCGAGUGUGCUCAAGGAUUCACAGGUGUCCAUUGUGAAGAAGAUAUAAAUGAGUGUUUGUCUACGCCAUGCGUUCAAGGAACCUGUAAUGAUGAAGUGGGAAUGUACACUUGCAAUUGCUCAAUUGGCUACACAGGGAAACAAUGUGAGUUGGAGACAGAUGAAUGUCAAAGCGACCCUUGUCUACAUGGCUCUACAUGUCAUGAUGACUUUAACAGCUACAACUGUACUUGUAGGCCAGGGUUUAUAGGUGUUAAUUGUGAGACAGAUGUUGAUGAGUGUGCUAGUGGACCCUGCCAACACGGCUCAUCUUGUACAGAUGGAGAGAAUGGCUAUACAUGCUCAUGUACAACUGGAUAUGCUGGUAUUCACUGCGAGCACGACAUUCAUGAGUGUAGCAGCCAGCCAUGCAUGAAUGGAGCAACUUGCAAUGAUCUCAUUGGACGAUAUGAAUGUGUAUGCAGUCAGGGGUUUACAGGUGUUCAUUGUGGGGAAGAGUUGAACGAGUGUAUAAGUUCACCCUGUAGAAACGGCCAAUGUAUUGAUCUAAUAGGAGACUACAAUUGUUCCUGUGCCACUGGAUAUACAGGUAAGCAAUGUUCUGAGAACAUAGAUGACUGCAAUGGUGAGCCGUGUGGAAGGAAUGGUGAAUGCCAGGAUCUUAUUGGCACCUAUAGAUGUCUCUGUAAAGAUGGAUAUGCAGGAGUCCAUUGUGAGCAUGACAUUUCUGAAUGUGCUAGCAAUCCUUGCAAUAAUGGUGCCACAUGUUACGACCAUGUGGGCUAUUUCACAUGUUCCUGUCCCCCUGCAUUCACAGGCGCCCUCUGUGACACUAAACAUGAACCGUGUAAAAGUCAGCCAUGUUUCUUUGAUGGGGCAUGUCAUGAACAAGGAAGUGAAUAUUUCUGUUCAUGCACAGAUGGAUAUACAGGUGUAACAUGUGAGAAUAAGAUUCAACCAUGUGAUGCGGAACCCUGCAAGAAUGGUGGAAGUUGUUCAGAGAAAGAUGGCGCUUUUGUAUGCAAGUGCCCUUCAGGAUACAGUGGGCCCAUCUGUGAGAAAAAACAAGAACUAUCCCGAACAGAAUGGGCAAAGAGCUUCAUUUACCUUGAUGGGAUAGUGACCAUAUAUCAGAAAGUUAUGAUAACUGAUGCUAUUAAAGAAGUGGUGACAAGAAGAAUUCUGAUUUCCAAGAAAGACAUUGAUGUGGCAAUGGAAGUGGAUGUUUGUGAUGGAGGAACAGGGAACAAAAUCACCCAGAUUGCCUUUACUGUUGAGAACACACUGAAGCAGGGUCAAAUCACCAAAGAGACUGUAGAUGGUGCUUUUAUGAACACUGAUCGUUCAGAUCUCAAUGCACUCAUGCCUUAUAAGGUAUUGACUGAGAGCGAGGGAUGUGCAAAUGGUAAUAUUGGGGCAUCUACUGAUGACGAUAAUCAAGUUGGAACAGCAGGACAACACAGUAACUGGAUAAAUUCCAACUGGUGGGUGAUCCUGGUGGCCCUUGUAGGAGUUGCUUUCUUGGUCCUCAUUGUAUUUGCUGCUAUGAAAAUAAGAAGACGUCAAAUAUUAAAGAAAGAGGCUGCAGAUCCUUAUGCAACAAUUGGCAAUAGAUGGCAGAGUGGUGACUCCCCUGACUGUUCCCAGGCUUACCAGAAUAAACUGUACGAUGAACUUAAUCGUAAAAACACAAACACUGAAACAUCCAAUGGUGUAGCUUUUCAAAACAAUGCAUUUGAACAUGAACUACAGCCUGCUCAAGCUCAAGCUGACCAAACAAACUCUGCUGCACCAGAAUAUGCAACCCCUAUAAAAAUCACUGACAAAACAAAUAUGGCUGUUCCAAACGGGUAUGCUACACCUACGAAUGGUUAUGCUACACCCAAGAAUGUCAAUAGUUUUGACAAUCCUAAUUAUAGUACAAAAGAGGACACUGCUAAAAGUGAAUUGGAUGAUGCUGAACAAGAGCAUGUGGAGUAUGAACCAGAAACAAAGCCUGAUCAGGUUGAUAUAGAUUUUCCUGAUAAUGCCAACUUUUCUGUAUAAAUACUAUAAUGUUAUUACUGUAACUUGGGUUAAUUUGAUGUCUCGUUUUAGACUGUACUUCUUCUACUUAUUUUGGCUGAUUUAAUGUUUUGAACAUUUGGUCAGGUGACUACUUUAUUUGGCAGACUUGCAAUAUUGAAAUGUAUAGCCUACCAUACAAAUUGAACAUUGGAAAUGUCUUUAAGGGA